CUCCUCACACCCUACUUACGCCAUAGGAACGACGUCGUUUCGACUUUGGUAUUGUCUGUUGAAGUUACAGAAAAGCCCUUUUCAGCUCGGGACGCGGCCAUGGCGGAACCAAGACGAUUGAGAGGUCACAGGGCUAGCACCACCUGCUGCGUCGCCUCUCGCUCCAGGCCUGGCCUUGUCGCCACUUCCGGCGAGGAUGGUUGCAUUUGCUGGUUUGAUAUUCGAUGCAAAGAUGUGCUAUAUACGAUGGAUGUUGGCAAGAAUCCUAUUUCGUCGUUGUGUUUCAAACCAGGGAAUGAAGAUAUCAUUUAUGUGUCCUCGGGAACGGAAGUCAAAUGUUUUGAUGUGCAUCUGGCAACCUCAUGGAAGCCAUUGGAGAGUUACAACUACAAUAAGGAGGAGAUAAACCAGAUUGUUUGCAACUCUAGGUCAUCUUUUCUUGCCAGUGCAGACGAUUGUGGUGAUGUUAAGAUCAUUGACAUUAACCAACAUUGUCUUUAUAAAACACUACGAGCUGGCCACACAAGUAUUUGCAGCAGUGCACAGUUUCUUCCAUGGAGACCUUGGGAAGUCAUUACUGGUGGUCUUGAUUCAAAGCUUGUGAUGUGGGACUUCUCUAAAGGGCGGCCAUACAAAAUUAUGGAUUUUGGCAUGCCUGAGUUGAACAGUGGCAGUAAUGCAGCAGAGUGUUUGAAUCCUGCUUUUAUUCAUGCAAUAGCUAUUCCUGAAGUUGAUAUGUUGGACAAAUCAGGCAAGAUAUGUUUAGUGGCUAGGGGAGAUGGUGUUGUUGAUGUGAUUAAUAUUGAAUCAGAACUGGCUGCCAUCAAGUCAAGAAGUUCUGCAAAACCUCGGAAAGAAUCUCAAUCGAAAUCAAAAGCGGGUGCUUCAACUGCAGAUACUGAAAUGCUAGAUCAAAAUGGAAGACAGAGAUUGCAUUUGGAUUACACUUUGGGAGGCCAUACUGCUGCUGUAUCCUGCGUGAUAUUUUCACUGUUUGGAGAGAGAGGCAAGUUCAUAAUUUCGGGCGGGAAUGAUAAAUCAGUGAAAGUAUGGGAUUUGUCCAAAUGCCUUAAUUCCAGGCAAACUAGCAGCAAUAAUGACCUUCUUUGCAUGGACAUUAAUUUAAGUAAAAAGGUCAAUUGGCUUUGUACAACUCCAUGCAAUUCUGAAAACCUUGUUGUCUGUGACACAACCAAACUAGUCAAGGUUUAUACUGUUUCAUAGAGUGGCGCUUCAUAAUCAUCUCGAAUCUCGAAUCUCUCUCCUGGAAAGAUAGCCCUGAUUUAACUGGUUGAGUUGCAAAAGCGCUUCUUAUUACCAGUGACAAACUUGUCGCAAGUGUGGAUACACCAUUAUCUAGUUUUCUUAUUGUAUGUCAGCCAGAAGGCAGCUGGGCAAUAACUGCUCAGCUGUUAAGUAGAAUUGAGAAGAAAAGGCCAGGAGCAUUUUUCCCAUGCUUGAGCUGGGAGAAAUAGAUGUUUUGUGGGUUUUCCAGGUUGGGGCGAAAUUGAUGAGUAAUUUGUGUAUGUUUUGUACAGUUCCUUUUAUGUUGCCUGAUCAUGGAUGCUAAGCUGUGAAACCCAUAUAAUCUCGUUGAGGCUUUUAGGAGAAAAGGGAAAGGAUUCAAUUGAAGAUCAGAAAGAUUUAUCGUUUUGAAA